CGUUAGUCGAGUACGGCGGGAAAUUUACCGAUUGCGCAGGUAAAUAGAAUAAUAAUAGUAAACAUUUUUAAAUACGUGCAUUAGACAUUUUUAUUACAAUGGAGGAAACUGUGGUAGAUGACACCAUGCAAAAAGAUAAUACGCAAGAAUUGAAGAGUUUAAAAAACAAUGAUCUCCGAAACGAGUCUGAACUGAUACAAAGUACCAUGUCGGAUAUAGAUGAAAUUGCUUCCAGAGAAAAUUGUAUUAAAAAUGCCAAUUUUGAAGAAGUUGAAGACAAUAUUGAAAAUGAAGGAAAUAUGAACGACAAAUUGCACAAUCGAUCUACACAAAAAGAUAUGCAAACAUUACAAAGUCAACAACAGCGAUUACAAAGGGAAGCUCAGUUUAGCAUUCCGUAUCACAAGCCAAAAAAAUAUACACUGCAAGAAUUUCUAAGCCGCCGCAACAUCAUAAAACCAUCUGGAAUUAUCAAUGAAAAGUAUUCUUCCGGCGCCUUUGGAAAAUCAAGAAAUUUGAAAAUGACCAGAGAAGAACUAGCGAUUUAUUCUCAACUAAUGGAGGAUAGAGCGAAAGAGGCAUCUGAAUUUUUCAGACCUGAAAAUACUGACAAUUCCAACAAAACUGAAUACGGAAAUGGCGAUAACAAUAAUCUUAUAAAGAGUGCGCACAAAAACUUAAUUACAGGCGUUCAGAAAGAAAUCAAAGAACCAGAAACUACUGAUAUAAAUGAGAGUGAAAAAUGCAGGGACAAAAAUGUUAUAAUAACUGAAAUUUUAGAACUUCCAAAAUUGGAUCUAAAAGACGUAGCUAAGGACCUUAAUUUAAAGACAAUUGUCAAUCAACCAGUGUUAUCCAAAGAAAAAACAGCAUUUUCAUUAAGUUCAAAUACAUGUAUAUCUGGUAUUUUUAAAGAAAGUCCUACUUUAAAAGACGAUGUAGAUAUUUCAUUCGAUUUUCUUUCGAAUGGGAAGGAAGAUCCUAAAUCAAUUAGCGGGGCUAAUAGUUUGCUGGAAAGACUUAUGAAAACGAACCCUUGUCAGAAACCUGCUAGGGAAUCCAUUGGAUUACUCAGUCCUAAAUGUAAUUCAAAAGCACUUUUAAAUGGCAGUGACGCUUGUUUGAGUAAAAAACCAGGAGAAACAUUUUUAAAAUUGAAAGACAACUUGAAAUCAAUUAUUAUGGAAAAACGUAGAGAAGAAAUGAAAAAACGGCAAGAGGAAGAUAAUGCCAAAAAUUCAUUUUGUGAUACAGAUGAAGAUGGAACAGAUGUUUCCACAGAAUUAGGCGAUAAAAUAUUGCCUGCAAGCAGUGAAAAUUCUGAAUCUGAAUCUGAUUUUGAACUCGAAAAUAAUGAAAACGACGACAAAGAACUUUCAAUUUAUCAAAGUCAAAAUACCCAAGUUGAACCGGAAAAAGAUGAAGAUGAAGUAGACAUUAAAAGGCGAAUAGUAUUUCUGUCUGAUGAUUCUGACGAGUCCCAACAACUUAGCCCGCCGGCGAUAAGUCAAGUACCUGAAACUCAAAUAUGCAAUCUAGAAGACGAAACGGAUAAAAUAAUAAAUUUGUGUUCUGGUACUUUCGAAACCCAACCUGUUGUGCCGAAUGAGGAUACAACUGAUAAUAAAAUCAUUUCAUCAAAUGAAGAAAACUCUCCACUUUCUGAUUGCGAAAGGAUAAGAACAAAAAGAUAUACUAAAAAGAUAAAUAAGUCUAAAAUGAAAUUGGGGUUUUCCGAUGAUGAGGCUGAGGAGUCCGAUGAUGAGGCUGGAGAGUCCAGUGAAGCUAUGGGAGUGGACAGUUCACCCAAAAAUGAUAACCUACCCGCUACAUAUAUUGAUUAUGACUCCGAAGAAAAUGAAAUAACGGUGGAGUUGACAAAACAAGACUGUUUAAAGAAAGCUGAGACCUUUUUUGAAAAGGAAGCAGAACUUUCGGAAUCCGAUUGGGGAAGCGCAGAUGAAGACGAAAAAAAUUUGGAUCAGUACGACAUUGAACUAGGAGACGAAGACGAAUUUGAUAAAGAGGAAGUGAGAGCUGAAUUGGGAAAAAUACAUGCGCGUAAAAUGUUAGAUGAUGAUAUUCGGCAAGUAAAUAAAUUGCAAGAAAUUCUCCUUGAGGACGAAGAAGAUGACUCUGCUCGACGACAACGUAAAUUUAGAUGGAAAAAUUUUGACACCGCGUUUAACCUUGAAAUAGAUCAAAACCAAUUAACGGAUACCAAACCCGAAGAAGGCAGUGAUGAUGAAAACGAGCAUUUAUGGAGAAAAAUACGGUUUGAACGGGAGCAAGCAAUAAAAAAUCAGUCUUUGAAUGAAACUUCUUUAGAAGCAACUGUAUCAGUAGCAACUCCCAAAACAAGUGAUAUUAAAAAUCUUACAAUUGUAACUGCAUCGAAAUCUAAAAUUGAAGAAUCUGAAGAAAAGGAGAAAUCUCAGUUUUUAAUAUCAAAGGAGCUUAUCAAAGUUGAAAGUGCAAAAGCGAGGAGCUCGUUUUUAUUACGGAAUAAAAAGGCAUUAACAAAAACAAUUUGUUCUGUUAAAAAUGGAAGCAAUGAUGUAAACACAUCACCUGAUAAAAUUGGUGUCAAAACAAUAAAUACCAACAAAUUUGUUUUCACUACGUUAUCUUUUGAAGAAAAGCAGACUCUAAAAAGGAAGGCCGAUGAUAUAAAUGACGACAUCGAUGUGAACAUAAUAAAAAGAUCUAAAAGCGAAAAAAGAAAGAGUGAAUAUUUAAUAGACAAACUAUUGUAAAUCUUGGUUUUAUUCAUAACAUUGCUUAUAAUAAUGGAAUAUUUAAGAAAAUACUUGCAAUAAUGAACACAUUUUAUUAAAAUUA